AGCAGUGAGCACAGCUCCAUGCACCUGCUGCAGGACUCGCCCACACACCAUGAAAGCUCUCCGCGGCGGCUACACUCUCCUGACUGGCUGCCUGGAGGAAGCUCAGCCCCUGCAGUGUGUCGAGACUGCUGAGCAGGAGGAGCCAGGCCGGGCAGGCACGGGGGUGACAGCAUCACCCCCAGAGGAGCCCUACCAGCCGGUGCUGAAUGGAGAGAGCAACGUCCUGCAUGCAGGGCAGGUCCAGCAGCUGGCUCCCCACCUCCCGCCAAGAGUGACCGGGUACCCUUGGAACCUGCUCUACUGCACCGCCAGGGAUGGCUUUAGCCUGAAGAGCAUGUACAGGAGUAUGAACAAGCUGAGCUCUCCUGUUCUGCUGGUCAUCCGAGAUACCGACGGGCAGACGUUUGGAGCCUUCUCCUCCACCACCAUCCGACUCAGCAGCUGCUUUUAUGGGACAGGGGAGACUUUUCUCUUCUCCUUCUCCCCGGAGCUAAAGGUGUUUAAGUGGACAGGCAGCAACACUUUCUUCCUGAAAGGAGAUGCAGAUUUGCUAGUGAUUGGCGGGGGCAGUGGCAAAUUCGGCCUGUGGCUGGACGGGGACCUGUACCAUGGGGGAAGUCACCGAUGUGAGACAUUUGACAACGAAAUCCUGUCGCCCCAGGAGCAAUUCUUCAUUCGGGACCUGGAGGUUUGGGCCUUGACCUGAGCCCACCACACCGGGGCCCGUGGGAACUGACUGCUUUCGAAUGGACUCUGGCUGGGCCUGGCAGCUGUUCCUGGCACCCUUCCAGAGGGUGGAGCUCGGCCCCUCUUCCCCUUACGCACAGGGCUUUACCAGCCUGUGCUCCUCUCCCCUCCCCAGCCCACACUCACGCUCCAGCGAGGGCAGCAGGGACGUUCCCACCCAUUUUCCCGUCAGUGCGCUUGCCGUGGGGGAUCAGAGCAGCCCCAGUGGAUGGCUCCCACAAGCGCUGGAUUUCAAUGCAAACGGAAUCUCACAGGCAACUGGGCAAUUUAAAAAUAAAAUUCCCAUGUGAAGCGACUGAGUGUUAGCAGCAGGGGAGCUGCCUGCUGGGACAUGCUCUGCCAGUCAGUGCCAUGAGCUUGGGAAGAGAGCUCAGCCGUUGUUCAGUGAAUGAGGCAACUCCCCCUUCAAGGCAGAGAGAACAGGGGCAGCAUGAGGGUAUUGACAUGGGCUUGCUGGGCACUGCCAGCAUUUAGAGCUCCAUGAGAUGUGACGGCCAGGGCCAGGGCCCCUCCCCGUCCCUGCUCUCAGAGAAGCUUAUUGAAGUUAGGCCAAGACCAGUAUCGGUGGUGCCUGAAAAGCUACACAAAAGGGGCACAAGGAACACACGUUUUUCUGUUGCUUGUAAGGAGAUGGGCCUGAAUCAAAGCCCCAAUCCCAGCACCCCAAGUUGCAGGAGAGCUCAGGUCCAAACUCUGCCACUGCCUCCUGUCCCUGUAACAGGGCAAAACAAAUCCCACAGCAAAAUCCCUCCCGCAUCCUCCUCCCAUGAAGUCAUGGGGCAGUGCAGGGCCUGAGCAGAGCAUGGUGGCUCAGACCCAGCCUAAAGGCUGGCAUCAAUGCCCAGAGACUGCCACUGUGGACCCAGAGAACCUGCAGCACUGAUGAGCUGUUGGCUUGAUAUGGCAUCAGGCUUCUCACCACAGCCAGGGUGACUUGGAGCUAGCUGGAAACCGCAGCACUGAUUCCAGCCAGCUGUCUCCCAGCUGUGAACUCUGUACAGACUCUGGAGGCAUAAAGCACAUGGGAUUCAGUAUUUGGAUCCCCUCACAGCAAGCUGAACCCCAAGAGAUGAGGAGUUGGUGGCUGUCAUGGAUGUAGUCUAUCAAGGACUGUGUGGCUCCACAUAUUCAAACACCAGAGUUGCUUUUAAAACUUGAAGAAAUAGGCAGAAGAAUCCAAAUCAAACCCUCUGGGAUCAGAGCAAGGGAAGCACAGAGAGGUUUACUGGGCAAUGAAAUGCAACACCUAGGGAAUGCGAUGAGGCCCCAUUACUGGAUACAUUCAACACUCUCGAAAGGAGCUUUGGUACUUAUGUAAAACCCCUUGGCAGAUUCCCAGUCCCUUUCUUAUCUGCCUAUUAGCAUCCCUUCCCCUCCAGUCUUCAAAUGCAAUCUUCAUGUCUAUAGGUCAAACAAUGUUCUCUACCAGUAGCAUAUGAUGGUAAAGUGUUGCUGGUUAUCUCCUCUGCAUUUAUAUCUUUACUUAUUACUGCCUUACAAUAGCUGAGAAUUUGAUGUCACUUUCAGCCAUCAUGACAUUGUGACAGCAUUUCAGUAACAUCAUGCUAGGCACCGGUCUGCCACCUGGCUGCUCUGGGAACCUGCCACAUGUCUCAGCACAUGACACUGCUUCCUUGGCCUUCUGCUUAGCCUGAAUCCUUAUUUACCCUUCAUGGUGCCUUAAACCUGAAUUUGACUCCAAUCCAAAAUUAUUCCUGCUCUAUUAUAGGGACUGGGAAUAGAGCCAAUGCCUCUCGUCCAGCAUGAAGAUCUUCCAAAGCUAAAGGGGCCUCACAGCAAAUUGAUGGAAAAAGUCAUUCAAAAUUGGGCUCCCUUAUCUAACAGACUUGCUUUAGCUAUGAACUCUGUCCUUUUAAGAAUGCAUUUGGCAAUUUUCAUUUUAACUGUGCAUUAACUGUAGUAUUGAUUUUAAUACAAACAAUCCACGCUGCAAUUCCAUUAAAAAGUUGUAUUAAAAUAUUUGUAUACAUUCUUUUUCAGUCAACUCAGGCUCAGUCAAUUUGAACUGUUAGAUCCAGUUCACAGAUAAAGUUUCACCUUUCAAAAGCAAAGAGCACGGUUCUCUCAAGCAAAAGAUUUUCUACAGAACACCUUUUAAAAUAGUUUCAAAUAAGCAAAUACGUUGAAGUGACAGCUGUGAAAUGAAUACAUUAUUCUGUAUGUAAUGUUUCAAGUUGCCUUGAAUCACAGGAUUUUAACACAAUUGUUUCACUCUUUCAGUUUGAUGAAGUCAAGUACAAAAGGCUUAUUCCAGAACUGUUAGAGAUAUGCUUCCCAAGUCAGUGAAGAUUUCUGACAACAGCCAUUUCAUACACCUGUAGAUCUGAAUCACUGGUACUGCACUGAAAAGGGGGGUUAUACAACACUCCCCUCUGGUGAAUACAUGGGCUUGUGCAUAUUAAGAGAACAGCAGACCAGAAGAAUUAUGGCAUGAUCAAUUCCCUUGCCUCCAUCUGGUGAUUAUCAGAUGCCAUCUCUAGAAGGGACAGUUUAAUUAAUCUCAGGUAACAAAACUGGACUCUCAAUGAAGACUUCUUAUGGCACUGAUUUUGUAUUCAGACCCACUAGUGACUAACAUCUGACUUCUAAAGUCAAAGAUUCAGAAAAAGAGGUCAUGUUUGUUUUCUUCAUGUUUCAGGUACUACUUUAAAAAAAGGACACAAGCAACUUAAAAAUCCCAUUUCUGUAUGAAGAUUUUUUUUACUUAAUUUGUUUGGAGGAAAAAUCUGCCUAGUUUGUUUGCCCUUUGUAUUGGAAGGCCAUUUGUCAGUAGUCAAAUCUGGUUCCCACCCCAUUUGUGCUGUAUGAAAAGAACCAGGGGAAAGAACAUUUAAAUGGCAGGAAAAACUGAUUGUAAAGCCACAAAAACACAAUC